GUCAAACCACGUAGUAUGACGGCCGGAGCACGUAAUGUGCUUCGGUCUAAUGAUUCUGCAAGUCUGUGGAAUUGUACAUUGUCUCCAGGCUGGACCGAGGAAGAAUCUGAAUUGCUGAGAAGUGCAUUGAUGAAAUUUGGCAUUGGUAACUGGGCCAAAAUCAUUGAGAGUGGAUGUCUCCCAGGAAAGACCAAUGCUCAAAUGAAUCUACAGCUUCAGCGACUUUUGGGACAACAGAGUACUGCAGAAUUUGCUGGUCUCCAUAUCAAUCCAAAGGUUGUAGGAGAAAAAAACUCAAAGAUUCAGGGACCUCAUAUCAAGCGAAAGAAUAAUUGUAUUGUCAACACAGGAGGAAAAUUGACAAGAGAAGAGCUGAGGGAGAGACUUUUGAAGAACAAGAAAUUGUACGAGCUCCCAGAAUCAGAAUGGAGCGAUAUUGAACUACCAAAGAUGGAAGAUCCUAUGCUUCUGUUGGAAUCCAAGAAAGCUGAAAUGCAGCGCCUCAAUGAUGAACUUGAGAAGGUUCAACAAAAGAUUCAAAAGAUGCGUGAGGCUCAUCCUGGUCGCAUGGAGAAAUUAAAGUCUGAGGUUUCUCGUUCACCAUCUCCUGCUACACCUUCUGCGGACGAAGACGACGAGCUGAUGCCGACUAUAAUCAGUACUGAAGAUGAUCUUGCUAUUGCCCUUGCACUCCAAAACGAAGACGAUUCUCCAAUUUUAGAAGCCGAGGAUGAAGAAGCUGAAGAUGAAGAGUUUGUACCCAAGAGACGAAGAUUGGGAAAAUCAAAAAAGAACUUUAUUUAAAAGAAUCAGAAGAGUUUGUCUCUUUGAGUCUCUUUUAUUCAUAUUUGUAUAUAUAAAAACAAAUAAAUGCAUAAAUACAUUAUU